UGUAAGACAUAAAUGUCCGUAAGAUGGACAUGAAUUGAUAUUGCUCAUUGAAGAGCACCAGAUGCUUCAGGACCUCGUUGAAGAAAGGUAAGAAGUCGAAGAGGAGAUCCAACUGCCACCGUUUGGGGAAGGGAAGAAACCAAGGAAUAACUACCGUUCAGCAGUCCAGUGAAGCUUGAACAGUACAGAGCUCAAGAAAGACGGCAAGUGACUGGGUGGGCAGGCACACACCCGCGCGAGUCUGAAGAAGGGUAAGCAGUGUGCAAAUACUGAACGGGUUCCUGAAAUAGUGUGGGUGAGAGGAUAUGCGUAUGGGCAAGGGCCAACACUGGAGACCCUCGGUCCCCUCCCUGCAGCGGAGCAACAGAGGGUAAAGAAGGGGGAGGGUGAAAAGCAAGAAUGACUCAUUCUCCAAAGGAAAUGCUCAAGCAUUAGAAGGCAUGCCACCGGGGAUUUCAGGGCGAGGACUGUGAGAAGCUGGGUGCUUAGGGUGAUGGGGGCAAUAAACCAACGUCUUGCAGUUCCUGCUGCUCCUCUGUAAGAAGAGGGUGUGGGGGGUUCGCGGCAGCGGAGUGCCAAGGCCUGGGAAGCGGCGCGGCGCGUGCGCAGUGGCGUUCGGCGGGACCCGCUGAGGCAAAGCGGAGCCGCAGUGACAGAAGCAAGCGGAGCGGCCGCCCAGAGGGACUCACCGAGGCGCAGGGGCUGGAGGUGGUGCUGGGGGCAAAUGGAGAAGAAGACAAAGAAAAACAGGACUCAACUGAAGUACAAGAGCCUGUUGAGAGUUCACAGAAUAUACCAGGUGUCUCUGCAACAGAGAGCAGCAACCAUGUGGUGGAAGAUGCAAAAGAUGAAAUAAAAUCCCAAGAAUUAAACCUGGAGGAGCAACUGAAAACCUCAAAAGAUCUGACAAUGGACUUGAACACUGAAAUCACAGGGAAUAUGGUAAUUAGAAAGCCUGCAAGAGUGACUUUUAAUUUUGAAGAAACUGAACUGAAAUCAGAGCUAGAAGAACCAUGGAGGAAAAACCUUUUUGAAAGACUGGAGGUAAGAUCCCAGGCAAUGCAACAGAAAAUAAUGGAGAAGGAUAAUCUGAAGAAGGAGUUAGAAAAGAAAUCUGAAAAAAAGCUCCCUAGGGAUAAUUUGGCCAAAGAGUGGUUUAAUACUGACAGCACAGCACUGAGUACUCGUGCAUACUUGCUUGACAAACUUCUACCCACCUUAGUUCCUGCAAUGGAAAAAAUGUUAGCACAACGCGAAAAGAAACUUUUGACCGAAGCUGAUAUUUCAACCAAAUUUGAUCCAAUUACUCAUUUGGGAGAAUGCUUAAUGAGAAAUAAUCCUAAUUAUAUCAAAGAUCCAGGAAUGUCUGGAUACCAGAGGGUGAUGAGAGAAGUUACAGAAGACCUGAAGAUACAUGUUCCUGACACUAUCUGCAACAGAGUUUCCAAGCUGAAGGAGAGUAUUAAACAGAAAAGACAACAAAGACAGUACCUACACACAGUCAAAGCCAAAGUGGCUGACAGGCGGAAACAGGCUUUGCAGGACCAGUUUGAUGAAUGGGUUGUAGACCCUAAAGGACUGAUUCCUAUAGGAGUGAUUCAAAAUGUUCUUCAUGAGUUUUUUCAAAGGCCAGAUUUUGAACUUAAACCAGAGUUCAAACAAGUGGAUAUUAUUGACUCAAUGGAACCAAGAUUGAGCAAAGCAGAAUUCACAGAAUACAUCUCUUCGUGGGUUACAGACCUUAAAAGUGAAAUUUUUGAGGAACUCCUUAAGCACCUUUGCCACAGUGCAGAUGAAUUCCGGGAAUUCAUAAAAAUUGACAUGCAGAGACAGAUGUUUGUAGAGCUUUUCCUGCAUUGUGACCAUGGGAAGGUAGGGAUUUUGGAUCGGCAGAGGACAUUGGCCUUGCUGGAAGAGUUCUAUGACCAAAGUUCACAAACGCUUAGGAGUUUACUCCGAAACCCAAGACAGUGGCCAUUCACUGAGUUUGAAGAGAUAGACUUGCCUGAGUUCUGGGGAGACAUGGAUAUUCAUAAACACAUUUAUGAAGACUUUGAUAAAGUGCUCUUAAAGAUGAAUGCAUUACUCACUGAGAAACAUAACAAAACCCAAAAUAACUCAUUAAAGGAUCCAAAAGAUCAACCAAAAUAUCAUGAACAGAGAACAUCAACAGUAUCACCACAUACACCUCAACAGCAGAGAAGGGAAACUGCAGAUCUAGGAUCACAAAGAAUUUCAAAUGAAGAACAGGGCAGAGAGUCAAAUGCUGAGCAAAACUUGUACAGAGAAGCAGUAAUAGAACAGGAAACCAUCACAGAGUCAACUCUAGAACAAGCAUCAAGUAGAGAAUUAAUAGUAGAACAAAGACCACAGAGAGGGUCAACUGCAGAGCAAGAGUCACGCAGAGUAUCAACUGUAGAACCAAGAUCACACAGAGGGUCAACUGCAGAGCAAGGGUCACGCAGACCAACCAUUGUAGAACCAAGAUCACACAGAGGAUCAACUGCAGAUCAAGGGUCGCGCAGAGAGUCAGUGAUGGAGCAAGGAUCACGCAGAGCGUCAACUGCAGAGCAAGGGUCACGGAGACCAACCAUUGUAGAACAAAGAUCACACAGAGGGUCAACUGCAGAUGAAGGGUCACGCAGAGAGUCAGUGAUGCAGCAAGGAUCACACAGAGGGUCAACUGCAGAGCAAGGGUCACGUAGACCAACCAUUGUAGAACAAAGAUCACCCAGAGGAUCAACUGCAGAUCAAGGGUCACGCAGAGAGUCAAUGAUGGAACAAAAAUCACACAGAGGGUCAACUGCAGAGCAAGGGUCACAACAACCAACGAUUGUAGAACAAAGAUCACCCAGAAGGUCAACUGCAGAGCAAGGAUCACUCAGAGAGUCAGUGAUAGGACCACACAAAGAGUCAGAACAAAUACCACCCAGAAAGACAACUUCAGAACAGCAGGACAGAGACUCAGCUUCACCAUCAUCAAAAGAAAUGACAAAGAAGGAUGUUCAGAAAGACAAAUCUUGUGAACCCAAGUCCCCUAAAAUAGAAGGAAAGUCAUGGUCAGGCGAAUUUUUGUCUUCUAACUGGAGGAUGAAGUAUGCCAAAUUUGAAGAUGAGGAACAAGCAAACUUAAUCUAUGGUAACUCCAGGUUUGCAGAACUACACUCAGUUAUCAGAAAUAUUCAGUCUUACAAGGAAGUAAAAGGUAGGAGUACCUUCAAUGGAAUUUCCUUCGAUAUGCUCCAGUUUGUGCAACUCCUAGAGACAUUUGUUGGUGAAGAUGCCCCCUUGAGUGCCAGUGAGACCCUCACCUCUUUUUUUAAGAGGCGCUAUGCUGAAACAAAAGAAGAGAAAAUGAAUGCCUUAGAACAGGUUAGACAAAAUGCUUUCCGAAUCCGACAGGGACUUCUCUUAAAAGCCCUCUUUCAGAAGUGGGACAGUGAUGGCUCAGGCUUCCUGGAUCUAGAGGAAGUUGAUAAACUCUUAUACGCAUACAAGGAUGGAAUGGAAAAAGAAUCUAUGAAGAAAGCUAAACUACAUAUACAUUUUCCAAAGCCACGUUCUGGUCAUGAAGUAAAGUUGUCUUCAAAGCAGUUUCAGAAAUACAUAGAACUGGUUGUAUCUGAACUCAGGGGUGAUGAAGGUCAAAUUCUGGAAAGUAUUGUGGAAUUUCUGAUGAACUCUGUCGAGAAGAACCAUAUUGAGAGUUUGAGGAACUGUGCAAGGUGGAAAUGGCUGCAUCAAAUCCAACGUGCUGCAGAGACUAGUGGGAUAUCUCUGGAGCCAGUAUACACUGAGACUUUCAAGGCUCUAACCCAGGAUGCUGAAGCCCACGGAAAUAAGAAGAUCAGUGCUCACAUUUCCCUCUUAGAAGAAAACCUACUACUACCAGAUAGAGGGACUAUUCUAUUAAGAAAUGUGGCUUGUACCCUAGAUGAUGCUCCAUUUGUAUUGAACAAAGUGCUCUACCAGGACAUGAAGGGAAUCAGCUUUACAGUAGUGGCUGAAGGGGAGCCAAUUCAUGUCCCCCAAGUUCAGUAUCAUGGGAACAUCUUUUUCUGGAACAAAUCCCGCAAGCAAAAUGAUCACAAUGGGUCAUUCCUGGCUGUGCCUCUUCAGGAUGCCUAUAUGAGGGUCUUUGGGGUCCUGGCUGUUGACACUCUUAGAGAUCCCCAUGAAAUAAACAUCUUCCUACCUCAUGAGAUCAGAUUCUACCAGGGUGUUGCUAAUGUCUUCAGCAAUGCCUAUCACUAUGUUCACAGCAGGGAGCAUAUCCUGCAUGUUGUGAUCACUGGUAUUGGCUGGCUCUUCAAUAUCACAUCCGGCAUUACCUCCAUCACUACCUAUUUUGUUGAGUCUAGCCCAGACCAGGAUUCAGACUAUGUUUUACGCAAUAUGAUGGUUACAGGGCACCUGGGUCUAACAGAAAUCCACACAAAUCCUCCUACCAUUAUCAGGAAGUCAUGCAUGUUCAGAGACUUCCUUUUUAAGUGUAUAGACAGUUCGGAAGUUGUUUUGGCCUCAGCCUGUGGGGAAACCCACAUAGUAAUUCCACUUCGCGAGAGAACAGGAGAGGCUCUGGGACUCCUUGAUGUUAACAUUGGCCACACCAGAAUGUUGUUAUACCAAGAAUAUAAAGAUCUACAGAAAAUGAUGAAGAUGAUCCAGGCUGCCUGCUCUGAAAUACUGGGCGAAUUCUCUGGCGAGAUAAAGAAAAACAUUAUUUUAGAGAUUGAAAACGCAGGUGAAGUCCAGCGAGCAGGAGUUCUCUUUUUCCGAAUCAUGCUACAGGAGCUGCGGGAAUGCCUCCAGCUACUCAGUCCCAUGGACUUUGUGUCACUCUUGCUCUAUGACCAUAAAGUUGAAGCAGAGUCAAAGUCUCCUCAAGACAGCAAGUCCCAGGAGUUUGAACCCGAUGUAAACCUAGUACAUGACAUCCUGAAAGGAGUUAUCUUGCUCUUUUAUUCAAAGUCGGAAUUUUCAGAUGAUUUGGAAAACUGGGAUAAGUAUAAACUUUAUGUUAACAGAUACUUAGUGGAGCUUAUUUGUGCCUUUGACCCAACUGCUAGCCAUGUGGAAGUUAAUUUUCAGCUCAUUGAUGAAAAUAUUAGAGAUCAUUCCCGAAUCGAAGUGUGGAGAUUUGGUGAUAUCGUCAUUGAACUCCUGUACCACUGGCUGCACAUCUGUUCAGCUCUCAUGAAGCUAACCAAAAAACUAAACAGCACUAUUAGACCUCCAUUGCCCUCCAAGUCUGACAACUAUAUAUAUGCAAAAAUGCCAGGGGAAACUUUGCCAGGAAAAUCCUAGUAGAACUGGUACUCUAUUUAGAACACAGUACUUUGAUCACAUUCAUUGCUGUUAACUUUAAAAUAUUUUCAAGUGCAAGGAACACCACAUAGACAUAUUUGACUCCUAGACAUUUACUUUAGUAUGUUUAAUACCAGAAGCUCUAGACCUAUGCAGAAAUUUUAUCUAAGAAAUAUCUGAUUAAGGUAGCUGUAACCAAAUGUACUUAAGAAUAUUAUAAAAUAUGUUUGUAGUCCCCUUGUGGUAUGAGCUUUGGAUAUGCCAUGAGACUACUAUGGUUGAUUGGGUAUUUUUCAUUCUUUUUAGGUACAAAGUACAGAAAGCUGUGGAUUUAUAUAAAAGAUGGCAGGGGUUUUUUAAUAUCAAAAGAGUACCAAAUAAUAAAGAUUUUAAGAAAUAGA